AUGGUGGCACCCUCCAAGACGGUUUGGCGCGGGCCUGUGCUCCUGGUGGGUAUGAUGGCGCAGUUUGCUUUUUGGCUGUUUGAUGUCGGCUUUUCAUUGCCCAGGCAAGCGAUUGGAGCAUUCCGUGAGCGUGAGGGGUCCAGUGCCAGUGCCCCAAUACGACAGACUGAGCCAUUGAAAGACAUCACGACAGACGAAAAGAAGCUGAUAACAAGCUUGGUGGAGGCAGGGAAGAGAGGUGAUUGGAUUCAAGUGAUGCGACUUUGGCGUGGCUACUCAGGGCAGGCCGUGCCGGUCUAUUCCGCUGCCAUGCAAGCAGCUCACAGGUCUGGCCACUUCAAAGAAGCCUCACGCAUGUACGACGGGCUGCGGAGCGAUUCGCAGGCAAAGGUAGAUGCCGCGACGCUACACCUGGGAAUAAAGACUUAUGGAAAGCUGCUUGACCAAGGGCGCGUGCUUGAGAUCUGGCGGGAGGCAGAGGAGAGGGGCCUGGUGAACAAGAUCAUUGCAGGUGCUCGUGUUGAUGCGGCUUCUGAGAUGGGGAACAUGACUGAGGCGGUGGCAGUGCUUGAUGACAUGGAGAGGCGCAGCCUGGAGGCUAAUAUCAUCAACUUCAACUCUGCUCUAAAUGCUUGCAAGAAUGCGGAUCACCGUCGUCGUCACGAGGCCGCCAUGUUCCUCUUCGAGACCAUGUUAGCGCGAAGUCUAGAGCCGACGGUCGUGACCUUUUCCAACCUUGUUGGAGCCCACCGCGCGGCUCCCUUACAGCAGAUUUCCGAACUCCGUGGCCGCAUGGCAUCUUUGGGAAUCCCAGCCAACCGCGUCUUUGCGGAAACGUAUGUCGGUGCCGUCUGCGGCCGCUUUGAGAAAGUCCGUGAUGCAGGGCAGAUGGCCCAGAAAAUGGUUGAACUUCCGAAGGAAAGGCGAGAGGAGGCACGGAUUGCACUUCGCGACUUCCGGACGGCGGGUGUCGAGCUCACGCAUGUGACCGUCGUGCCGUACUUCACGGUGCCUGAGGGCAAGCUGGACGAGUUCAAAGCCGGAUUCCCAAAAUUCUAUGCAGGCACGAAAGCAGGUACAGGUGAAUGCCACUACUACGGCUUCUGCGGCCACGAGAACAAGGUUUUCUGUCGCGAAGGCUACAAAAGUGCCGCAGGCGUUCUCGCGCACUUGGGCGACGUCAAGGAAGCUCUUGAUGCCGCCGUCGGCAUAGUCGGCCCAAGCGGAUUGGACUUGUCUGUUAUGGGCCCUGCUGCCGAGCUAGAGAAGCUCAAAGAAGCUAUGGGCCCGCUGGGUGCCAAGUUCUGGGAGCUGGACAGCGGCAGCAUGUUUCGAGGUGGUCUCACAGAACAGGACACCCAUGUGACCAUCGUGCCGUACUUCACUGUGCCAGAGGGCAAGAUGGACGAGUUCAAAGCCGGCUUCCCCAAGUUCUACGAAGGCACAAGGGCUGGAACAAGCGAGUGCAUCUACUACGGCUUCUGCGUGCACGAGAACAAGGUUUUCUGUCGCGAAGGCUACAAAAGUGCUGCAGGCGUUCUCGCGCACUUGGGCGACGUCAAGGAAGCUCUUGAUGCAGCCGUCGGCAUAGUCGGCCCAAGCGGAUUGGACUUGUCUGUCAUGGGCCCUGCUGCCGAGCUAGAGAAGCUCAAAGAAGCUAUGGGCCCGCUGGGUGCCAAGUUCUGGGAGCUGGACACAGGUGCUUUCUGGAAGUGA